ACUUAAUCUACAACAUGCUGAAGUCAACUAUCGUGGACACUCGCGUUCGUCUCCGGCCAUCCAAGAAACUGUUGGACUUAUUGGGCGCGCAGAAGGAACACUUAAAAGAGCUGCCAGCCAAUUUGGCCAAAGUCCUAGAGAAAAACGGAUAUAGCAUACCAAAAAGUACUCGAAUCUUAAAAGACAAUGAGAUAGUCUGUAAGCGACCACAAAUCGAUGUUAAGCUGUUGGAUAAACUGACUGCAAAUUUGCCAGAUGUGCCUUCAAAAGUUCAAGAAAUUGAUGAAAUGCCAGAGGAGAAAGAGGAAGAGGCACAAACCCAGCCACUUACUGGCGACUUUUUAUAUCUGAACGAUUUGCACUUUCUUAACUCAAUAUUAAUCGAACUGCGCCAGAAGAAUGUAACUAAUGUAUUUCUAUAUGAGCUAAUUGAAAGCUGCGAGCUUAUCCUGCCGGAAAAUGAGUUGAAGCCUCGCAAUCCGGAGCUGGAAGCGCGUUGUCAGCGCCUGCGCGAAGAGCAACAAAAUCGCGAAUAUCACAAAAUGACCAAAAAUGUUGAUGCUUCACUUAAGCAUAUUCCAGAGGACACAGUUGCCUAUCAAUUAAAAAGCAUUAAUAAGCAAAUUAUAGCUGUGGCCCAGUUCAUCUUCUCGGUAGCAGCUGGAUUUACUUUUGGCUUUUUUGGUGUCAAUCUGAUGAUUGGUCCAUUGCCUUUUGGCUUUCGCAUUCUACUGGGCGUCAUUGUGGCUCUAGUUAUAGCGCUAGCUGAGAUGUAUUUCCUAGCCAAGAAGCUACACGAGUACGACGAGGUAUUGGAUGCGCCAAAACGUAAAAAUAAAAAUUCACCUAAAGUUAGUGGCGUGCAAAUGAUGCAAAAGCCACAUGUUGAUUAAAACGUUAUUAAGAAAGCUUAA